AUGAGAGAUAUCGUCGUGUUUUCUGGCUCUUCAAACAGAGCACUAACGGAAAGAAUAUGUGUUAACCUGGGCCUUGUACCGGGAGAGGUGGAAUUGAAAAAGUUUGCCAAUGGUGAAACAUCUGUACGUCUCUGUGACUCUGUGCGAGAGAAAGACAUAUUCAUUGUUCAAUCGGGUUCUGGUAAGGUUAAUGAUAACUUCAUGGAGUUACUUCUCACCAUAUCUGCCUGUAAAAUGGCUUCGGCUAAGAGAAUCACCGUCGUGUGUCCGUUAUUUUUCUAUUCACGUCAAGCCGAAUCUCCUUCAAGCAAGAAGGGUGUUCCGUUCCUGUCUGGUUCUACAAAGCAUACUCUGUUGGACUCUGUACCUUCUUCUCCGUGCUCUUUUUCGCACCGGACCUCUGACCAAAUUCCUGCUCCCUCUUUGAGUAGUCUAAAUGAAUCUGCUGCCACCUCGCCUCACAAAACAGCCAAAACGACUGCUUCUGAUACCAAUGUGAUCAGCCCAUCGCCUCUUAAUCCUGCUGUUUCAUCUAAAUCAAUGAAGCAGCAGAAUGUUUCCAUAUCUUCUAGCUGCAACGAAAAGGAUAGCGAACAUCCCCGUAAGCACCCUUACAGAUCUUGGAUCUCCCAGUCAGGUACGUUGAUUGCCAACUCACUCACUUCCGCGGGUGCUGACCAUAUAGUCACCAUGGAUUUACAUGAUCCUCAAUUCCAAGGAUUCUUUGAUAUCCCUGUCGAUAAUUUGUACUCCAAGCCUUUGGUUCAGCACUAUAUUGUCAAUUAUGUUUCUAAUUAUAAGGAUUGUGUCAUUGUAUCUCCAGAUGCUGGUGGUGCAAAGCGUGCUACUGCUAUAGCCGAUUCCUUGGGCUUGCAAUUUGCUCUCAUUCACAAGGAGAGACGUCAACGUGUUGUUGAGCAUCCCAUUACAGCCGUCAGUCUUGGUCCAUAUGCUCUGGCACCUAUUUCAUCCAGUGACAACCUUAUAGUGCAUUCUCCAGCCCAAAAUUCUAGCACAAGCAAUAACAGCGACAGCAAUGGAAAUUCUAAUAACUCUGCCGAGAAGGUCGUUGCCACUACGAUGCUAGUCGGUGACGUUCAAGGUAGAGUUUGUGUCAUCGUUGAUGAUUUGGUGGAUACGGGAACUACUGUCCUACGUGCUGCUCGUUUAUUGAAAGAGCAGGGCUGUGUGUAUGUGUACGCUGUGAUAACCCACGGCAUAUUUAGUGGAGAAGCAUUGAAGAAGCUGAAACGUUCUUCAUCCAUUGACCAGGUGAUUACGUCAAAUACUGUCGAUCAAACUGCCCAUGUUGAGGAGUACGGUAAAGUAAAUAAUGAGCCUUUGGAAGUGUUGGACGUGUCACGGAUAUUUGCUGAAGCCAUCAGAAGAAUUAACAAUGGUGAAUCUGUCUCUUUGAUCUACGAUCAAGGAUGGUAA